GUAGCUUCGACGAGACCAUCUGCCGCUGACUGCACCUCAAAGAUUGAUACCCAAAGAAUCCCUUGAGAGAGAGUGUGUGGAUUUCUCAAACGCCACAAUGGCGCCAACACCGCUGGAAUUGUCUGUAUUCCUUAACCCUCUAGUACCUGAAUCGCUUGCACACAACACACGAACCAUUUCCAACAUUCGAUCAAUAUCAGGCCUUCUUUUAGGCAUCGCAGCCGGUAUCCUCGGUCUGGAAUCUCUACAAGGGUUCGCAUUCUACCUUGGCGCCAACCUAUUCCUAUCGGCCCUGUUCUACUUUGUGCUCGCGCACGCCGAUCCUCAGCGUUAUUUUGCCGGCACGCCGGGUUCAAGAGGUCUCAAUGAGAGUGGAGCCGUAAAGGGGAGGAAUCAUGGUUCUGGCGCUUGGAGAGAGAUUUGGUUAGGAGGUGGUCUUUUCGCAGAUGCUUUGAGUGGGUUUGUCCUUGGAUGGGCGGGCGUUGGUGGUGUUAUUAGAUGAAAGGGGAAAAGAAUAAAACGGAUUGAGGAGAACGGAGAAAGAGAAGAGGAGAGGAGAGGAGAGGAAGAGGCUUUGAUGAAGAAGCUCCAGGGUGGCUUCGUAUAUGUGUAUGUGGAAUGCGCAGAUGGUCAAGGAGCGAGGCGGUCUAUACACCAUGACACGACACAUGUGAACCACUUUUCAAUAUCCUCUGACUUUGGUGGUGCUUCGCCCACGGCCGUUGGCAGCUGUCUUGUAUUCACAAGGGCAUUCAUGGGACAUGUAUCAAUGAACUAUCAGCGAACGAAUCAGUGGGUCAGUCACCAGGUUGAAGAGGUGUACCAUCUUCAGACCUACAAGGGGCCGGGGAAGAUGGCAUGAGCUAUCGCGGCCUUCGCAAAAGUCUCAUAUUUCAAAGCCCUGACUUGGUAGGCCAGUGUCUGGAUGGUGAUUGGGCCCGUACACAUCAUAUCUCUUGAAAAGAAAUUACAGAGAGUGACAUCUGCUAAUCAGCGAGAUGUAUAGUCUACAUCAAGUCUAUUCAAAUUCAUCAAUUCUCA